AUGACGGGCAACAGUUGCCUGGUGUGCGAGACGGUGUUUCAAGACGACAGCAGUCUUGUUGGAGACGAGGAUACACCAGCUGAGGGCGAACAUGCAGGGUCUUCAGAAGACAGCGUGAGGGCGGAGAUUUUCGAUACACUGACGGAGUUGUACAUUUUCUUUAGGGACGCCGAUCUCUCGCACAGGGAGGUUAACCGUCUGCUACACAUAUUCCGCAAUCCGCGCUUCAACCUACGGGCCCUCAGACGAUGGCGCAACUGGGUGGACGUGCGCCGCUGGGGCAUGGCGCGCGCUCCCGCCGACAUGGUCCCCUGGAAAACAGAGGAGAUAGUGGUGCGGGGCCCCAAAGGAAUGCAAAUGAAGCUGCUACUGCACUUCCGCGACACAGAGCUGAUUUUGAAGAAGCUGGUGCGGACGUUCUCAUCGAAGAAGGGGUUCGUUUGGAAACCAAGGAAGAUUCAUCGGAAGAAGAACAACGAGAGGGUGUUUAAAGGACCGGAGACGGCUCACCGGCACGUGUGGUGCACAUGGCAGAAGGAGAUUAAUGACGAGGAUGCACUCAUUCUAGGCGUGCUGAUAUACAGUGACAGCACACAGGCAUCACGGAAUGGCAGGAGGAACGCGUGGCCGGUGCUGAUCUCACUUAUCAACAUUCCGGCGGAAUUGCGAGGAGUGGAGCCUGGGCACACAUUGGCGGCGGUGCUUCCGUUCCCACCUGAGUGGGCAUCGUCUACGGAGAAGACGCGCGUGUUCCAGGAGGCGAUAAAGAUCAUCCUCGCGCCCAUAAUGCGAGAGUCUGCAAGCGCGCCAGUUCGCUUCUUCUACUGCACAGACGCGGACGGGAAGGUGCACAAGGCGGUCCCUUGCCUGUACGGAUACCCUGCCGACUUCCCUGAAUCCAGCAGAGCAUCUGCGACGCUUCAGCAAGGGUCGCAUCGACCAUGCGCUAACUGCUAUGCAGACAAGGGGGAGUUGACCAUGAUGGUGGGGAAGGUAGAUCCACGUACCCCCGAGAAGCAGAGGGACAUUGUCCGACAGAUCCUGGCGUGUAAGAAGCAAAGCGACGCUGACGAUGUGCGGAGGUUGUGGUCAACCCAUCCGAUCGAGGUGUGUUUCGACUUUGAUAGGAUACUGUGCGUGCUUCACAGGUGGAAUUUUGCAGACACAGAGUGGGGCAACGUGUAUCUGGCAUGCCUUGCAGACACGCUGCAUGUUCUGGACUCUGGUGUGCUGAUCCACAUGAUGGACACCUACAUAGAGCCGCUCGGGAAGGUUGAGAUGCGGCUGCUUGAACGACGCAAGAAGGAGUUCAAGGCCAUCACGCCUAGCGUUCUCCUCCGAAUCCCAGGGGGCUCAGCGUUCUUCAGUUCAGGCGCAAAUUACGCCGCGUUCGAGCAUAGGAGCAUGAUGCAGAUAAUGCCGAUACUGGUGGUUGACGAGAGUGCAUUGAAGGGUGGAGAGGAGGGAGAGCUGCGUGCUUUGCAGGUCAAAGCGUUCCGGCUGUUUGCUGUGUUUUACAAGGCGUUUCUGGGGGUUGACAGGCACACACAUACAACAAUUGCGAUUGCACGUCAGCAUGCGAUAGCGUUGGUGGAGUUGCUACCGCGGGCAUUUCCAAAGCAGGCAUCCCACUGGAGACUCCCAAAGAUACACAUGAUAAGGCACUUACUGGACAACGUUGUCCACCGUGGGAUGCCGCACCAUUAUUCCACGGAAAUGUGGGAGCGCACGCACAAGGGCACGGUUAAGGGUCCAGUAAGAGGGAGCAACUGGAGCGACAUUCCACGCCGCAUUGUGGAGGAGGAGGUGCAGCGAGAGGUGUACCGUGAAGUGGCUGCAGACGCGGGGGGUGGGCGACAGUACGCGACCGCAUUGAGCGAGGCGAGUACGGGUGUCCUUGGGGGGGAGUCGGAUCCAGUGUACAACGAGUACACCGCCGCGCUUGGAGACGAGAUGAAGGGGAUGGCAGAUGAGUUCAAGGCGUUGGGGCUGUCUACCAACAACGUGCAGGUCCACACGGCGGUGUCCAUUCCGCGCACAAGGGGCGGAGAGCUAGUGGCAAAAGGGACAUUUGUGAAGGCGUCUCCCCGAGAGAGGUGGUAUUCGGACGUGGCACUGCUGAACAACAAGAAGGGGGACUGGUUUGCAAGAUGUCUGUGCAUCUUCAGGGCGGUUGACCGCGAGGGGGACUGGAAGGGGUACGCAUACGUGCGGUACUAUGAGGGGGCGGGAAGAUGCAAGCUUACGGGGUGCAAGCAGCUGCACAAGAAAGUGGAUAAGGUGAGCCGUGAUCGCAACACCCUCAUCCUAACCAUUCACGAGGCGCAUCGCAUCACAGGCGAGGUCGCGCGACCCGUCACGGAGCACGGCUUCAGUGUGCAGCACCUGACCAACACCCGAAUCGUCAACAUUCGUGGGUCGGUUCCUGAAGGGGGCCUUCCGCACCUCCAGGGAGUGGAGGAUGCGCUGAAGGGCCAUUACCGCGUUAUGCUCAUGAAGCGUGCGAUAGCGGCGAAGCGGUUCCAAUUCGACUAUUCGGCCUCGAUCGCGGACGUGGAUUAUGGCCUCAUGCUCGAGUGGCCGGAAGAAGCGUGGACUGGCGUGCGCGCCGUCACCAUGCAGAGGAGCUGGUGGCGCGCCGGAUGCGUGCCACCGAGCUGGCCGCCACUGAUGGCGUACCUUGGUGACACGAGCGCAACGGGCAUGUUUGAGCCCCUCAUUGCGAUAUGCGUCGAGCUGCAGUUGCUAAUCGAGAAGUUCAAGAUGAGGCCUGCGUGCUAUAUGACGGCGGCCGAGUUUGUCAACUGCGACGCGGGACUCUGCGUGGAGCAGGGGUUUAGGGCCACACCUGCGGCCAGCGCGUCGGAUGACUCGUCGGGCGAGAUGAGUCUGCCAGACGGCCCACUGCUGCGUGACGAGCGCAGCAGGCGGCGCGUGAUUCGCAACGUAACAAAUGCGUACGUGGAGCGUGCCGACGCGCUCGGCAUUCCCCCGGCCCUCGUGCCAGCAGAGGUCGGAGCAUCUAACCAGGAGGUGAUUUCCCGCCUCGGCAGGACGCCAGUCAAGCGUGCGCGCGCGGGGAUGCGCCCGGAGGACGUGCUAGACCCAGCGGUGCGCGAGACUGAGGACGACGAGUGA